GCAUUGAAACUGUGAUACGGUUCACCAAAAAUCCAAUUUGCCUUCAAAGAGCAGGAGCUGUGUUCACAGGCUACUACCAGAACAACCCACCAGGAGUGUAUUUUUCUAAGACAGUGCUGUUAUCACUCCUCUGGGCUCUGCUCAAAGCUGGCAUGGUGUCUGACGUCUUCUCAGUCCUCAGCAUCAGCUUGGCCCACAAGAUAGUGCCUGGACAUGAGUUCCUGUUGGCCCUCUUCAACUACGUGAGAGAAAAGAGUCUCAUUGGUCUUGUGCCUGAACUCAUGCAACUCACAUUUAAAAUGGCGAGUGCAGGCCUGGUGCUGAAUUUGGACUGCCUGGACUGUGUAAAACACACUCCAGAGUUCCAGCAAACAAACUCCCAUGUUUCAGGGUCUGGCAGUGGCACCCACAAACUAUCCACCAGUGCCCCCUUUCCAGAGUACUUGAAUUUGGCCCAUUCUAUCGUGGAAAUAGAGCUUUGUGCCAAGCAAGAGGACUGGAGGCGGAUGGGGGAGGUUUUCAGGUCCAUCUGCCAAUCCAGCCAGCGCCCCAACCAAGUGGAGCGAAUCAGUGGGCGCAUAACUAUAGCGCUGCUGUCUGAGAGCAAAGACAAGCUGUCACUGCCCUUUGCUGCAUUUGCUGAGACUGUUUGUCAGAAUGAAGAGGAGGAAGGCCUGAACAGGAGUUUUUUGGGCAGAAUUGGAGUCUCUCUCAUGCUAAGAUACCACAAAACACAUCAGUGGGCCAAGGGUCGCAGGGUGGUGGAGGUGCUGUCAAAUUGCAAAGUGAACUACUCCAACCUGAAGGGAUUGUUCGGGAAUGAAGAUGCAACAUCUCGCUGCUUCCUGGUCACUGUGGCUACUGAGCUCUACCUGCUGAGUGGAAGCGUGGAGGGAGCUCUAAACACACUGAGAGAAAACAAAUGGUUUGUGAGUUCAACUGCGUGGCCGUGUGAGCCUGCUGAUCUGGAGAGCAGGACUCGUGUGUUGAUGCGUCUGGCUGAAAAGUCUUCUCACAGAGACUCGCUGGAUGUCCUCAGUAAUCUCCCAGGACUGAAAGAGUCAAACAACUUGGUCGAUAUCUCCAUGUAUGCUCCUCUGUUUAACUCUCACCUGCAAGUGUGCUUGGACAGACAGACACUUCCUGUAGCUUCAGAUACGGUCGACUUCAUGUGCUCUAAAAACCUGGCAGUGGAUCAAACUAUGCUACACAAACUUUUACACAAACUAGGCAAGCAGAACCUCUGGCUGCGUGCACGAGAAGUCUUCAGACACUCUCUCAGUGUGGGGUACUACCCAGGUGUGUCGGCUCCUCCUGGUUUCAUGUCACUGAACGUACCCUGCCGACUCGGGGAGGUGGAGCUGGCUCUCUCCUUUGAGAUGUUCAUCACUGUCAAUACAACUGACCUCCUCCACCUGCCAGAGAACACCACCUCCUGUCUCAGCAUCACUCUCAAAAGGACUCAAAGCUGUGAGAGCGAGUACCUCGCCGCUAGCAGUCGCCUUCUCUCUGCAGCUUGUAUCCCUCAUCCCAAACUCGACGUUCUCUACACAGCUGUGAACUCUUCACAGGAGCAAGUUUUCACCCUCGAUAUUGCCUCUGCUCGAGCUUGGCUCCGUCAGAAUCAUUUUUGGGCCAAUGAGGUGUGGACGCACUGAACGAAGCGCUGAACCAAGCCCCUUUAGUCCCUCAAGUACUUCACCUUCCAUUCCAUUGAAACUUCUGUUUCCAGAGACAACGUUGACUCUUGGGGGAAAAAAAGUGGAUGAAAUCAGGAAAACCAAUGCAUGUGUAUUUCUGUUGGCUGUAUAUUUGUUACACAAAAAGUCAUAUUUCAAUUUGAUUAAGAAUCAGACAUUCCGACCAAUCCCAGUGACUGACGCCAGAACUUUACACCAAGCUAAUAACUUAUUUUUGUUCCUGUUUGUUUUUAUAAUAUGUUGAAGGGUUGUUUUUGUUUAUUCCUUGUUUCCUGGGGACUUCAUGAAGGUGAUUUGUCUUUGAUUAAUGUAACGUGUAAUGUUUUUGUGAUUUAGUAUUUGAAAAAAUAACACUUCUAUUGAGGAAAAGAGCCCAGCAUAAUAACUAAUAUCAGGUUAGUAUUUUUGGUUUAUAACAUAAAUGUAAAUAACAUAUGAGUGUGAUAUUUAAAAUGGUGUUUAGUCUUUGACAGUAUUAUGUUGCUGUAUUGUACUAGACUGUCAGAACCUCCAUUGUUGCUUGUUCUAGAGCUGCCAUUUACAUUUGAUUUGUAUGUAGUUUUACAUAAACCAAAAAAGUUGUUCUGCUCCAAGAAGUUUGACUCUGUAUUGUUUCUUCUAUAAAUAUCAUCAGACUAUUACCGUCAACUAAUGUUCAUUUAUAAUUUUGGGAUUAAUUGUCUCCUUUCAAA